GGGAGCAUUUAAAAAAAGGGGUCAGCGGACUGGGAUAUACUUCGAUGUGUGCGUUUUUAAAGUUGUUUGUUUAAUAUUUUACGAUGGAUUCACAUCCUCCCCCAAAGCCUUGGGAAAGGCGGAUUCCAGGAGCUAUUAGCGCACCUUUAAAUUACAGAUCUGCAGACAUUGGACUGGCAGCUGUGGGGCCCUCCACGCCUGCAGGCCCUCCUGUUUUGACCAGAAUGGCCCCUCCAGUGCCUCCUCGCCCCAUGCAGCAGUCCUACCGUCCAUCCUACAACUCUUUCACCUCCGCCUACAGUCCCUACGGGAGCUCCAUCUAUGGCGGCUACAAUCCCUAUAGCUACGGCGGUGGUGGCUACGGCGGUGGUGGCUACGGCCUGGGAGGCUACAGCCGCUUCCCUCAUGCAGAAGAAGUCGCCCCCAGCCGGUUCGUGCAACAGGCGGAGGAGAGCAGCCGCGGCGCCUUCCAGUCGAUUGAAAGCAUCGUCCAGGCCUUCGCUUCAGUCAGCAUGAUGCUGGACGCCACCUUCUCAGCCGUCUACAACAGCUUCCGUGCCGUUCUGGAUGUAGCCAACCACCUAACGAGGCUGCGCGCUCACCUCACAAGGGUUCUGUCAGCGUUCGCUUUGGUGCGAACGCUGCGCUACCUCUACCGACGGCUGAAGCGGCUGCUGGGGAGAGGGACGGACGCAGAUGUGGAGGACUUGUGGGCCGACAGCACGACCGACGCCCUGGCUACAGCUUUGCCCAGGGCGUUUGGAGCGGCAGCCGAGGAACAGAGCGUGAAGUCCUGGCCGAUCUUCCUCUUCUUCGCUGUAGUUCUUGGUGGACCCUAUCUCAUCUGGAAGCUGCUGAGCUCCACUGCCGGUUCUGAAGAAAGUGCCACCAACUGGGCCAGCGGGGAGGAUGACCAUGUUGUUGCCAGAGCAGAAUACGAUUUUACAGCUUCCUCAGAGGAGGAAGUUUCUCUGCGGGCCGGAGACAUGCUUAACCUGGCUCCUAAAGAGCUACAGCCGCGGGUACGUGGAUGGCUGCUGGCCAGCGUGGACGGUCAGACCACGGGACUCGUCCCCGCCAACUACGUCAAGAUCCUGGGGAAACGAAGAGGCCGAAAGCACGCCGAGAUGGAGACACUCGCUCAAGUGAAGCAACAGAGCGCCCAGACAGCCUCGCCUGCGCAGCCGCAGCCUGUUGCAAACAAAGGUUUCACCCCUGAGUUUGCCGCGCCGUCCAACGCUGCGUCUGCAGAGCAGCUGCUGGAGUCUGCGUACAGAGAAACUCCAGUUUCCUGCAGUCUGAGCACUUCGACGUCCGGGACGCUGUCCAACACUGUGCUGAACAUCCCUGAAAAAAACGACCUCUGAUGAUGACGCCUUUGUGUGUAGAGGUUUAUAAUUAAUUAGCUCGAUCAUUUCUUGUUUGCAGUCUUUCUGUGGAAAUAGACUAAUACUUGACAGCAGCAGCAUCACAAUGGACAUCAUCAGAAUUUUUCUAGAGUUCUUGAUUCAGAUCAUUAAUCUGAAUAAAAACUUAAAUAGUUUUUAAACAAAUGUAAGGUUUUCUCUCCUCAUUCAGAGGUUGCUUAAUAAACGUUAGUGCAAGUUUGUUUUGUAAGGAAAUGAGAUAAACUGAUAUGUUGUCAUUUUAAUGGACGGAGGUGUUAAGAACGUGAUCAUGUUAAGUUUGGUUGCUCUCGCCUGGUUUUCUGUGUUUUUUGUCUGGAACAAAUAGGAUUGUCGUCAGAGCUGGAGAGGUGUAGGCGCAAAUUUUCAUCACUUUAUUCGUCACAAAAUAAUUUGUAAAUAUUUAAUAUAAAUAUUUUGAAAAUAAAUAUUUCC